GGAAACAGCAUUUCGUCAUUUUGGCGCGAGAAAUGUAUUCCUACCGCGACCAUUAUUACGUUCUUAUGAAUCAUCAGUUGUUUUUAUAAACGUGGCGUAUUGGAUGUAAAUAUAGAUCAAAGGACAGAAAGCUACACACCGUGUUGUUAAAAUACAUUUUGCGGAUGACUUCUAGUUCGAGUUGUAUCAAAUAACGUUAAGCGAUUCCCAGAACACCAGAGUUGUUUAUUUUCUGGACGGAGAGGCAAUGAAAACAGCGACUAACGCUAUGAAUGAAGACCCCCCUCUACCCCUGUCAGCACUGCGGCUCAUCGCUCCAUCUUUACGCCUGAUGUCCGCAGCCAUGUGGAAAGUGAUGCUGCAGAGAGACACAGUGCAUUAUGGGAAACUGGAGGAGACCAUAACAUCACUUUGUGAGACUGUCCCGGGCCUGCUCUAUUACAGACAUCAGGCCAGGCUGACAAUUGGUUUGCGGGCACUGAUGAUCUUGGAAGAGCUUCGUCAGUCAGAUCCUCCUGAUGCUCAGCGUGUCCUCCAGGAGCUGCACAAGCUGCUAGAAUCCUCCAUUCCCAUCGGAAAGGUGAAGGAUCAAAAGGUGGAAGAAGCUAAACGCAAUUUUCAGACCCUGGUGUACUCUCUCUUGAAGAAUGCAGCAGCCAGAAAACUGUUUUUCAAGGAGGAAUUCCAUCUUCACUAUGGAGGAAACUAUGUGGCCAAUCUAGAGAAAUUAUUGUUGGAGUUUCUAAUUCGACUGGAUAAACUAUUACCAAUUCCAGAUCUUGCUCAGACAGUCUCGUGGCUCAGUAGUGCCCCUGCUGUUCUGGAGGAGUGUGCGCGCUCUGCAUCGCAGCCCCAGCUCCUCAGGACGCUGCUGCAGCAUGAAAGAUGCCUUGGACACCUCGGCUCAGCAUCUCUUCUGUCAUCUACUGGGGAUGUGAUCCUGUCUUCCCUUUCCCUCCGUCUUUCUGGUAGAGUGUUGCAGACCAUCCAAUCGGAAUCCACUUCCUUAUGCAACAGGGUCACAAAUCCUGCCCCGUCAACACCCAGAACCUCUCACAGAGCAGAGAAGAACGCCCAGUCACAGGUCGCACCAGUUAUUGGGUCCAUUUCCAAUGACACUCUCCCCAAAAAAAGUGAGAGGGUAGCAAGUUUAGGACAAGAAGUUGAAACAGCUUCUUAAAUGUCCAGAAAUACAAGAAGCAAACAAAGAUCAUGUUCUAAAAAACAGGUUUUGAGAAGGAUCCUGAAGAGGAGUAUUUUGUCAGGAAUAUGCUGGUCACAAGUGAUCAGUCAUUCAUCCGGAAGUGAAGUAGAAGAAGAAGAGGAGGAGGAGGGCAGCUAAGAAUAAAUAAACAGUAAGAAGGGGAAUAGUGAGAGCCAACAAAUUUCCCAAAAAAGACUGAUGUGAGAAAUGAAAAAAGAGGGAAAGAUUUUACAAGGAAAUAUUUCACUAGG